UCAGGCAGACCCCUACACUACAUAGUUGAAGGUAAAUCUAAAGGAAAUUGAACAAAAAAAAAUUGUAUAAUCUAUGGCCAGCUUAAGAGUAGCUGCUUCCUCCUUAAAGGCACAUACACAGCAAAAGCCCAGAAUUGCUGAAGCUCCCUCAGAGUGUGUCUACACCAAAUCCAACAAUACUGCAUUUGCUCAAAUCAAGAUGCUGAAAAUCAAGGCAGUGAGUGUUCACAUAUAGUUUCAUUGAGAAGUACUGAGUGAGCUGUGAUUGGUCACAGCUUGUCACAUGGUACAAGGCUGUUGUGAAUAGCCUUGUACCAUGUGACCUCUGUGAUCAUUCACAGAU